CUGGAACUGUAAAUCGUCAUCACAGCGAUACCCGAGCUCGCUGUCGCUGCCGUUCCUCAAAUCCCUCAAGAUGCCAUUCGUCAAGAAGGUCAAGUCGGACGCCUACUUCUCUCGCUUCCAAGUCAAAUACCGUCGACGCCGUGAGGGGAAAACUGAUUAUUAUGCCCGUAAACGCCUAGUGACUCAGGCAAAGAACAAGUACAACGCGCCAAAGUACCGGCUAGUAGUACGCUUCACGAACAAGAAUAUCAUCGUGCAAAUUGUCUAUGCCCGACUGCAAGGUGACUUUGUGUUGACCGCCGCACGUUCAGCCGAACUUCCAAGAUACGGCAUUUCUCAUGGACUCACCAACUGGACAGCAGCAUACGCUACUGGUUUGCUCUGCGCUCGCCGCGCUUUAACGAAGCUCGGUCUCGCUGAUAAAUAUGAGGGUGUGACGGAGCCCGAUGGUACGUUGAAGUUGACGGAACCCUUGGAUGAGGAGGACGCACCCCGGCCGUUCAAAUGCUACCUCGAUGUUGGUUUGAAACGCACGACGACCGGUCACCGUGUCUUCGGUGCAAUGAAGGGUGCCAGUGACGGUGGAAUUUUCAUUCCCCAUUCAGACAAACGUUUCCCCGGCUACGACCCAGAGAGCAAGGAACUUGAUGCCGAGGUGCUGAAAAAGUACAUCUACGGUGGUCAUGUUGCUGAGUACAUGGAGUCGUUGGAGGAGGAAGACGAUGAGCGCUUCAAGAAGCAAUUCUCCUCAUACCUCGCGGACGGCAUUGGCUCAGAAGAUAUCGAGGAGAUGUACACCAAUGCUUAUGCCGCUAUCCGGGAAGAUCCUACCUUCAAGCCCACUGAAAAGACCAAAGACUGGAAAGCAGAAACGCUCAAGUACAAGAAACCAAAACGAACUCUGGAAGAGCGCAAGGCUGCUAUUCAAGCCAAGAUUGAGGCAUUCCAGGCUUCAGGCGGAGAAGUUGCAGGGGAGGAGGACGAGGACGAGGACGAGGAAUAGAUACCGCCGCUGUAAUGCUUGGAACUCCUGCAUCCUUUACCAUCUCAAAAUGCAAUGUGU